AAUAUUCGCACAAUGAUUACUUUUUUAUGAUAAACGUUAAGAUUUUAGUAAUUAAGAACUGUGUUUUCGAUAUUUUUAUACAACAGCUCCGUUAGAUUAGUUAAUUAUGAGCUCGCCUAAGCUAAAUGAAAGAUGUUCCAGUGUCUUGGGGAAUGGUAAAAAACUUCUAGCAAAUGAUUCUAAAGAAGAUUCAUUGGACAAUUCGAUAAGAGAAUCAUUUAAAUCUGAAAGAUCAGGGGGUGCUAAAAAUGAAGAAGAUUGGAGAAGACGUACCAUUAUUGUAGAAAAGAAAAACGGCAGCUACGGAUUUACCCUUCAAAGUUAUGGUAUCCAUUAUAAGAAGGAACAAGAAAUUGAAGUAAUAACGUAUGUUGAUCAUGUGGAAAUGGAAGGACCCGCUGCCUUAGCAGGAAUGCGCGAAGGCGACGUCAUCUUGUCCAUUAACGGAAUGGACGUGGAAAGAGCUGAACACGCUGCUAUUGUCGAUGCUAUAAAUUCUUGUGAUUCGAGAAUGAGAAUGGUAGUUAUUUUUGAAGAUUGUGUCCGGAAAGUCGAAUUGCACCUCAAAUACAUAAACCUGCAAAGAACUCUUCAAUCGAAAAUGCGAGAAUUAGAACAGUUAUCGAUUCGCGAAAGACAACUGUUUGAUGCUAACUGGAAGACUCACAGUUUACCAUCGCAAAAGAAGAAAUCGUCCCCUAAUGAUGUCAUAUCAGACGUUGAAGAUAGCAACGAAUCUCAAAAUAUGGGCACUACAUACAGACCUACGUUGUCUAGUGAGAAUGUGACUGCUGCUAAACCACCACACCCGAAUGUUUUUAUGUAUCAGUAUCUAGACCCACAUUAUGGAACUUGCUUAAUUCAGCCUAAUCUGCACACUGGCAGUUUUGUUAUUACUGUUGGCUCUCCAAGAAAUAGCCGAGAUUGUCAUCAUUAUAUUGUGAAAGCACCUAAUGAUUGUUAUCGAGCAUCGGAAAUAUAUAAGUCUACAAAUUCAAAACACUCUAAAAUGCAUAGAAGCAAUCAUAGUCAUAGCUGUGCUCCGUGCAUGCCAGUAUAUAACAAUCCGGACGCAAAUAGUCUGGAGGCAUAUGAUCUAGCCAGUCCGUGUUGUGACCCGCACUGUGUCCCUCAUACCAGGAAAAAAGUCAGAAGAAAAAAGGAAUGUUCAAAAGACCACAAAAGAAGGGAAAAAUAUCAAGUUGAUAAAUCUACCCAAAAACCUGAUAAUGUCCCUCCGCCACGAAUGAAAAAAGUAUGUUCUUCUGGCCAUUGUUCCCGUUAUCGUUACUUGACCACCGAAUCUACGCAAACUAGUCAAUGCAGCCUGCAGUCGUAUGCUACAAGCAACGCUACUGUACCGUGUGACAACUCCGCUUCUAGUUACACCACGUCACUUAGCAGCGAUACUUUAUUUUGGGAUAACGAUCGAUCUGAAGCAAAAUCUUCUCCUAAGAUUCAAUAUCAAAGCUCACACCAACACGUGAAGCCUAAGUCCUGGGAUAAUCUCACAACCAAAGCAUUUGGUGGUUAUGGAUUUGGAUAUGGUUAUUUGGAUACAACCGCGAAACAAUCAAAUAGAUCAAAAAGUCACGGCCGUAGCCACAGUGGUAGAAGCACACAAAGCCAUCAUGAAUAUCAGCAACACCACGAGAAGCAUGUUCACCGUCAAAGUGCGAACACUCAACACUAUUCAGUGUACACACGUAGCCACAGCCAUUACCAACCGACUAAAUCUACAGAAAGCCUUAUCGUGGUCCCUAAAUAUCAGUUGGAGAGUAGCGGCUCAGAGAGUCGACUUGCAUGUGAAUGUACUGAUUCCAUUGAAUACUAUCGCAGGAUCACUACCAGCAAGAAUCCGGGAGAGCCUCAAUCUGCAAAUUAUUAUACUCCACAUUUCGUAUAUCCGUCGCAUUCUUACAAAAAGAGAGAUUCCAACGUCAGCUCCGAAAUAACACGGUUAUAAGUAUCUUAUAUAAGUCAACUGAUAUUCAUGUUUUAUAACUUUAAAUUAUAUUUAGCGAACGAAGUUUCAUUUAUAUUUGCGUGUGAAGUUUGUUUAGAUUUGUAUAACUUUUAUCUACAUUCGUAAUGAGAAGUAGUUCCGUUAGUGGUAAAAUAAGGUAGUUUUAAUAAUAAUCAAUUACUAAGCUGAUUGCUAAAACCAUAUACCAGUGAUGUUAGCUAAACAUUCUUUAAUCGAAUCGUUUUGCUCAAAUAGGCCUAAAUUAAUAACUGCAUAUAGUUAUUUUAUACAUACAUAGUACAGGUGCUUUCUGCAAUUUUAUAUUAAUAUUCUAUAAUACUUUUACUGAUUUAU